AUGCCAACCACCACAAUUUACCCAACAGAGCAAGAGUGGGCUGCUGCGACGACUCAGGCCUUGCGAAUCGACCCGGAUGUCUUCGAUGGCUUUGGCAAGCUUUACCUGGUGUGGGGUUCCAUGCCUGGCGGUGCCCAGGUCGUGCUACUUGGCGACGAUGGUUUCAUAUCUCCCGACACCAUCGGGAAGACAUCGGUCACCUCAGGGUCCGCGGUUGCAGAAGCCUACUGUACAAGAUUGUGGCCACAUGCUACUCAGACCCCAAUGGCGAAGAAUUCCCAGAUGCUCGCACCGGUGAGGCACCGGCCGUCCUCCAGAAUGUGGUGGGACCCAGUACUAUUUGUGGACUUGGGGCAAGUGCAAUGGCCUCUCGACCGAAACCGUCAUGGGCCGAUCGACCAACCCAUUCGGACCUGGACAAGAACGGCGUGGACCAGCACUACACAAAACCCGGGAGGCUCCUACUUCCUGCGAUCUGCCUUGAACGUGUCGGCGACACGUCUGCGAUCGGUAGUCGUUACAUCGGACCAGGGCAUGUGGCAUUUUUCGCGUAUGACAGUGCCGGUGAGCGUGUGA